ACAUUAAUGUUUCAUUAAUCUUAUAACUUCGCAUUUAAUUGAAAAAAACAUCAACUCAUUUUAGCAGUUUGAGUUCACACUUAACUGUGUCAGGUUAAUAAAUGCAUUAUAAUGAAAUUGUGCAAGGGCACUCUUUUAAACUGCUACUUGCAAGAACCGGUAUACUGAAUCUCAACAUUCUAUAUUUCGGACAACUGAACUUUCGGACACCCUCUUUCCAUGUGACACGGUAUGCCAGCUGAAGAGGAAGACAUGGACUUGAAGGUUACCAAUGGUAUCCUGGUGACCACAGAAGAUCGGUCUGAUGACCCGCCACGAUGCACUGCCCUUAGGCAGUGCUGUGACCGCGCCACCCGCCCACUGCACACCAAAUAUAACCCCCUUGAGUCAAACGCCUCCACAUGUCAGAUCGUGAAACAUGCCUUCAUGUGCCCUCCACAUGGAAAACUGGCAAAAUACUGCAUGUUCAUAAUCAUGUUCUUGGUUUGUGGAGCAGUGUUGUUUUCCUUGCAUCUAGAGAUCUUCUUGGCUCUUCUAGUGCUGUUUGCCUGCGUUGUUGGAGGUUAUCUUGUGGUCUACAUUAAGCUACCACCACUUUUGGGCAUGCUGAUCGUAGGUAGCUGCUUGAGGAAUAUUCCAACUGUCAAAGUGAUUGGAGAGAGCCUUGAUAGUGAGUGGUCGGCUGCAUUAAGACAGAUAGCCCUGACAAUAAUCUUGAUACGGGCAGGCUUAGGUCUUGACCCAGCUGCACUGAAGAAACUCUCCUUUGCUGUCAUACGCCUGGCGUUUUCCCCAUGUUUGGCAGAGUGUGUGGCAGAAGCCAUAGCGGCCCAUUUCCUGCUUGGCUUCCCGUGGAUCUGGAGCUUCAUGCUCGGGUUUGUGCUAGCCGCAGUGUCUCCUGCGGUGGUUGUGCCGUCAUUGAUAAACUUGUCUGACCGCGGAUACGGCAUUGACAAGGGCAUACCAACCCUUGUGAUUGCUGCAGCCAGCGUGGAUGAUGUGCUCGCCAUUACUGGCUUUGGGGUCUGUCUCGGCAUUGCAUUCUCAGAAGGCGACCUUGCCCUGUCCAUUGUGAAGGGGCCGUUGGAGGCUGUGGUGGGCGUGCUCUAUGGUAUCGUGGGAGGAGUUAUACUGUGGUACAUCCCCAACAGGGCCAGUCGCCAUGUUGUGUUGUAUCGGACAUUCCUACUAUUUGGACUCGGCCUAGUUUCUACAUUCGGAAGCAGCAAGGUUGAGUUUCCUGGCGCUGGUCCCUUGGGCUGUCUCACUCUUGCCUUCAUAGCUGGGUACCGAUGGAAGAAAGAGGAUUGGUCAGAACAGGGAGGGAAGGAACCAAUGGAAGGUAUUGUAGCCAUCGUGUGGAUGAUUUUCCAGCCGCUGCUCUUUGGUCUCAUUGGCUCAGAAGUUAAUUUAGCAGAGAUUGACGUUGGAUCUGUUGGGCUGGGUAUUGCAGUCUUGGCUAUUGGCCUUGUAAUAAGGCUAAUUGUCUCAUUCUUCGCUGUGUGGGGAACUGACCUGAAUCUGAAGGAAAAAUUGUUCAUUCCCUUGGCCUGGUUUCCAAAGGCAACUGUGCAGGCAGCUAUUGGUGCCAUGGCAAUGGACAAGGCCUCUGAGGUGAAGGACACAGAUGGUGUUAGGCUGGGCAAGCAGAUCCUCACCCUGGCGGUACUCAGCAUCAUCAUCACCGCCCCUGUGGGCGCUGCAGUGAUAGCCCUCACUGGGCCCCGCUUGCUGCACUGUACAGAACAGGGGCAGUGUCAGGAGGAGGAACGGGUUGAAGGGCAGGAGGAAAAGGGGAUGCUUUUAGAGAAAAAGGUGUCAGAGAAUGAUGCAGUUGAGGUUUGAAGAAGCCAGCUGGAGUCUUCAUCAAGUCAGAAACUGUACAGAUAUACCAGUGCCAUGCCCUGUGAUGGAAAGAUGAAUGUCGUUAUCUGAAUCAUAUCACACAUCAUUAGAUGGAAAGAUGAAUGUCGUUAUCUGAAACAUAUCACACAUCAUUAGCAAUAUUUUUAGUUGUUGGAAUGUUGAAUUACUGUAAACACAUAAAACUCACUAAUAUGAAAAUAAAAUUAAAUAUGUAAAUGUAAGAAUAUUUUAAUUACAUGGAUGUUAUGGAAACUUGAAUGUGUAGCAGUGAUAUCAUGGUAUGUACUCAUGGACAUACUGGGUAGGCUUAAUAUUAAGACAAAGAUGUUUUGUUAUGGCCCCCCUUGAUAAUAUGUGUACUAACUGAUAGUAUAAUAUGAACAACUUGCACAGUUCUGUUGUUUUUUUAUGUCCCCCGUAGGGUGGCAUUUAGCAGUCACACUGUCCGUCCGUCUAUAUUAAUCCUUUUUUUACAAAAAGCUUUAAGAUAUUUAGCUGACUUUUAGUCUACUAAAAUAACUUACAGAUGAAGUGUGAGUUUCAUUCCUUCAAUAUAUUUUUGGUGCAUUUAUGGGCCUUGGACUUAGACAUUUUUUCUGUAAUAACCGUUUUCUGAACCGUUUACCGGAUUUUUUUUUGCGAAACGCUUUAAGAUAUUUAGCAGAUUUUUGGUAUAUGAGUCUGCAAACAAACCUUACUUACAGAUAAAGUUUUGAGUUUCUGUUCAGUUGAUUCGUUUUUGACGAAGUUAUGGGAGUUAUUACCUUUCCGAAAUUUUUUCAAAAACGCUUUCAGAUACUGUGCAAGACCAGCAUUUGUCAAAUAUCAAUGGACUGUAACUUCAUCAUGAUGUUUUCAAUCGGGAUAAAGCUGCUGGGUGGCUUCAAAGUGCAGUAUGGGCAUAGUGUUUCACAAACACAGCUUUUUAUGUAACUGUGUGUGCGUGCGUCCGUCCGUCCGUCAACAUUUUGUUUGUGUAAACAGUAGAGGUCGAAGUUUUCAUCCAAUCUUUAUGAAAUUUGGUCAGAAUGUUUAUCUUGAUGAAAUCUGGGUUGGGAUUGUAUUUGGGUCAUCUGGGGUCAAAAACUAGGUCACAUAAUAGGUCAAAUAAUAGAAAAACCUUGUGUAGACAAGAGAGGUCGCAGUUUUCAUCCAAUCUUUAUGAAAUUUGGUCAGAAUGUUUAUCUUGAUAAAAUCUGGGUUGGGAUUGUAUUUGGGUCAUCUAGGGUCAAAAACUAGGUCACUAUGUCAAAAACUAGGUCACUAAGUGAAAUAAUGGAAAAACCUUGUAUUGACAAGAGAUGUCGCAGUUUUCAUCCAAUCUUUAUGAAAUUUGGUCAGAAUGUUUAUCUUGAUUAUAUCUGGGUUGGGAUUGUAUUUGGGUCAUCUUGGGUUAAAAACUAGGUCACUAGGUCAAAUUAUAGAAAAACCUUGUGUAGACAAUAGAGGUCGCAGUUUUCAUCCAAUCUUCAUGAAAUUUGGUCAGAAUGUUUGUCUUGAUGAAAUCUGGGUUGGGAUUGUAUUUGGGUCACCUUGGGUAAAAAACUAGGUCAAUAGGUCAAAUAUUAGAAAAAUCUUGUGUAGACCAUAGAGGUGACAGUUUUCAUCCAAUCUUUAUGAAAUUUGGUCAGAAUGUUUAUCUUGAUGAAAACUGGGUUGGGAUUGUAUUUGGUUAGUCAGGUGAACAAUUCAGGGCCAUCAUGUUUCUGUUAGGUAUGAAAUAUUUAUGUUUAUGAGAUAUACAAGUUUAAUUAUAGUUUUUUAAUUUGCAUUUGUUAUUGUUGUUUUCUCAGGGCUAGCAUCAUUACAUCUCAUCUUGUUACUUUGUAACUGUAUUUAAAUUUAACAAUUGUUUACCAUAAUAUUUUCAGGUAUUUACUAUACAAGAUAGUUUGUUGUGAGUGUUUGAUGAUGAAUAUAGAUGUAGAAAUCUCAUACCGGUAUCCUUUGCAUAGGAGCUGACUCUCAUAGUCUUUACUGCUAUCUCGUAAACAUGUGUACUUACCCUUUUUCAGCCAUUCAUAGUGUUACAAAGCAUCAUAAAUACUGUUCAUUAAAUUUAUUUUUCUAUUGGAAAAUAUAACCUUCUAAUAGUAUUUGCAAAAAAAGCUGCUGAGGAAAAUCAUAACUUUAGUUGUAAUUGAGAAAUUGUGUAUACGUUAACAAUUUUCUUAUGUGAUAUUGAAGUUUCCAGCUUUUGAAAGGAUAAACUGUUCUUCAUUUAAGCUAUAUUUAUGUGUACAAAAUGUUUAAAUUUAAAAAGACCUUAACACAAAAAAACACAGAGUCAUAAGGACAUAAAUAUUGACAGGAGUUUCUUUCAUUACCCUGAGGAGCUUUAUGAAAUGGUUCCAUAUCUUGUGUAGGAUAUACCCGGUAUUAACACAUUGAUUUAGAUAAAUAAAUCUUAAGACAAUGUCAUGUAAAAUCACCAUUCAUAAUGAUAAUGAUAUUUAUGUCCCCUAUUCAAGUAUUAUUGAAGUAAUAUUGCUUUGCAUUUGUCUGUCUGUCUUAGGGUCAGUGCAUCAGUCCAUAGAUUAUUAAUUUCGUUUUUGUUUGCACAAUAUCAAGAGAAUCCUUUGAGCUACAACCAUCGAAAUUUAUAUAGUGCUGAGGAAUGGAAGUGAUUUAUUGAUUUUAGAGGUUACCGGGUGAAGGUCACAGGGUCCUGUUAAAUGAAUUUUGUUUCAGCACAUAUUUUAAAGAAAGUUUAUCUACAAGCAUGUAUACUGGUUACAUGAUAGGAAAGUAAGGCUCAUUUAUUUUGAGGUCACCUGGUUAAAGGUCACAUGAGCUGUUAUAAAAAAAUGAGUUCCGUCAUGAUAUCUAGAUAAUCCUUUUACCUAACAUAAUCUAAAUUGUUCUUCUGGUUACUUGAGAUAAGAAUGAUGCUUAUUGAUUUUUAGGUCCACAGUCAAGGUAACCAGGGCUUGUAAUAAAAACUAUCAACACAAUAUCUUCAGAACAUUUUGACAUAUGAUCAUGCAAAUAAGUGCAGUGGUUACUUGGGUGGAAAGUAAAACACAUCAAAAUUGACAUCAUCUGGCCAAAGGUCAUGGUCGCAAUUUUUUAUAUAACAAAAUUGUUUUACGCUUAAUAUAAAGGGAAUCCUUUGGAUCAUAUACAAUGGUGUGCUGUUUAGUUUUGACAAAGAAUGACUACAGAUGAUUUUUAAAUCACAGCGAAAACUUUACUGCAGGUCAAGGGUGAUACAUGUUUUACAAACAUCUCUUGUUUAGGUAGGAUUCUGAACAUCUUUUUAAUCAUGAUGUGUAUUUAUGUUGUGAAUCAACAAUUUUACACUGCAUUAUGUCCAUCAUAUUAAAGGUUUAAAAUGGAUACAGGAAUUAAAAGAUGAUAAUAAA